AUGGUGACCUUCAUACUCGUACGCUUGUCUCUACUGUUCUAUAUCCGUAUUCAUUCCAUCUCGCAGAUUCGUCAUGGAGAGUCGAAAGACAACUUGCGUCAAGUUUGGGCUGGUUGGAAAGAUUCUCCACUUUCAAACCAUGGGAUGAGACAAGCAGAAGCGCUCGCUGAUGAUUUUUGCCGUUUGAAUAUUAACUUUGACGCCAUCUACACGUCAGACCUUACGCGCGCCAAGCUCACCGCGAAGACCGUCAAAGAUAAACAAGAAACCACCGCUGGUGGUGCAACUGAUGUUCCAUUUGUCGAACUUGACUUACUGAGAGAACAAAGUUUUGGCGCUGGGGAAGGGCGUCCAUUUGGUAAGAAGGAAAAGGGUCUGUCGCUCGUGGCACAUUACGCAAAGGGAAAGUUUCCAGCACUGCACACGAGGCAACAAAAAUUCCCUGGAGGAGAAAGUCUGGAUGAAAUGGCGCUGCGAGCAGAGGCUGUCAUUGACGGUGUCAUGCGCCUCGAGUUGCUAAAAGAAGGGGCAGAAGGAAAGCCUAGAACAGUGGCAGUCUUCAGUCACGGUUUGUUCAUUGGAGAGUUGGUGGCUGCCAUCACCCGCCGGGAUGUAGAGUAUCAAGGUAAUAUUGACAUUCGGGACCUCAGAGGUAUGCGGAACACAGGUUGGACAAGGUUGGAGGUUUCUCUAAAGCCGGAAAGUGACCAUGCCAGCCAGUCUUCGGACAUACAAACGUACUUUGCCGUUAGGCUCAAUGGCGUAAACCGACACGGGCAUUUAUCCAAUCUCCAUCGGCAGAAGGGAGGAAUAGGAAGCUCCACGCAUGAUCCUGCACAGAAAGACAUUCGCAGUUUUCUAGGAGGAAAACAAAAGUCGGCACCUGCUGUAUCCAAUGUGAUACCCAGGCCAAAACCGUACUGA